AUGGGUGUGACCUUCGGUGGCCUCCCCUUCCCGAUACCAGAUCCUUCGAUCAGACACAACGUGCCUGUGAACAAGGGACCUGCUCACACCCCCCAUGAGGCCACAGGCUUGGCGGCCUUUGGGAGACAUGGGAAAAGUGUUGAAGAGUAUGCCAUUAAUUUAUGGAACUGGGCAGUAACCAAAAGGCUAGAGUCUUCAAUUAAUGAUGAACAAAGGACGAAAUUGCGGCAUGUGGCAUGCAAGCUGCUCUGUCUCUGUGACUAUGCUGAUCCCACUGAAGUGACACUGCAAAGACAAAUAUUGAUGUUCACCAAAACUGGAAGAAGCUGGUUGGAUUGCAGGAAGCCCAUACUGGCAGAUGGAUUCCUGGACUUGGCUGUGACAAGUUUGGAGAUGUUGUAUGCAAAGCUAAUUGCUGGAUAUGAUGGCCAAUCAGAUGUAAAUGCUUUUAAGAAUGAUGUAGAAAAAGACCUCUUCAAAGUUCACUCCUAUCAGGCAGAAUCAGCUGUGACUCAGUGUGAUCAUAAGAAUGCAGUGACUUGUAUCCAACGCUGCAAAGAUAUGCUACUCAGAAUGCCCAAAGAGACAGGUUACUUGUCCCUGCUGUGCUACAAUUUCGGAGUAGAUACCUAUCAGCAGAAGAAAUACGAAGAAAGUGCUUUCUGGCUGAGUCAGAGCUACGACAUUGGGAAAAUAGAUAAAAGAUAUUCCCCAGGUUCUCCUGUGCAGGCAAAGGUUUUGCGUUUAUUGGCCAAUGUUUAUCUAGAAUGGGACAUCAAGCAACACCAGGAGAGAGCUCUCAAUGCUGUCAUUCUGGCAAAUCAAGAGAAUCCCCAUCCAGCUGGACUGUUCUUGAAGAUUAAAAUCCUUUUGAAAUGCGUUUCCCCCGAUGUAGCUGUUUCUGCAGCACUCAGAGACCUUCUUGGAAAAGUAUCACUUGAUGUUUGUCUUGAAGCUGCAAAACUACUAUUGGAACAUGACCGAGAUGGACUGUCCUUUGAAUUUCUGACAACUUUGUCCAAGCAGUUUGAAACCAGUCACGAUGUUGGGAAGGCUUUGUUGAUGCAUUUUAUGCAACUGCUACGAAGAGGCAAAGAUGCCCUUGCCAAGCAGAAGAUUGAAGACAUUAUUGCAGGUCAUUACACAGGGAAACGACUUUCAUCAGAUAUUCUAACUCGAUUUCACAUUGUUCUCUGGGAAAGAGCUGCCAGGAAUUUUGAGGGACAGAAUUAUAUAGAGGCUCUCCAAUGGUACAGUUAUUCUUUAAGUUUUUUUUCUGCUGGACAACUGGAUCAGAAUCUGGCUAGACUGCAGAGAAACAGGGCAUCUUGCUACCUUCAUCUAAAUCAGUUGGAAAAGGCAAAAGAGGCUAUAAAAGAAGCAGAACGAAUUGACCCAGAUAAUAUCUUCACCCAGUUCACUGUCUACAAAAUUGCUAUUUUGGAAAGUGAUAUACAAAAAGCUGUGCAGAAAAUUAAAACCAUAGGAAAACUCGUAGAAAAAUCUGUUGAGUGUGAAGAUAAUAUGCUAACCAGUAGAAUUCCGGUGACUGAUUUUCUGAGUGUUGCUGCACAUAUUGCUCUGGAGAAUGAUCAACAAUAUGCUGCCAGAAAGGCAUUUGAGUAUUUAUGUGACUUCACCCAAGACUGUAGUCAGUUGUUCACAGCUCUAAGAUGUUUAAUUCGCCUUGUGCCAUCUAUUCCAGAUGCAGAUGAUAAAGAAACAAGGCAUGAGCGACUGGACUCUCUUUUAUCAUAUUUAAAAACUGCUCAUAAGAAACUAAUAGGUCAGCUGGUUGAGGGAAAGAUGACCGUUGAGCUGAAAAGUAGCGAAGCGAAUUGGUUUCGAAAAAUAGCUUGGAAUUUAGCUCUGCAGUGUGAGGACUGCCCAAGCAGAAUGAGGGAGUUUUUCACUCUUUCUUAUCAGCUUUCACAGAUGGUCUCAGUUGACAAAGCCAUGCUCAUUUGUCAAAAGACUUGUUUAUUAAUGGCCGCAGCAGCUAGCCUGGAGAUCAGUCGAAAAGCGCCAAAUACUUCAGAGCAGAUUGCAAGUCUGACUCAAGCGCAGGAGCAUAUUCACGUUUGUUGGGAGAUUUGGGCGACACUAAAAUCCACAGCAGCAGGUGAUGUCUCAAAAGACCCAACAGAAACUCUUUUGCUUCUGUAUGAGUUUGAAGCCAGGACUAAGCUGAAUGAUCCGGAGAUAGAGAAUGUAAUGGAAAGAGUGCUGCAACUUCAGCAGAUAGAGCCCAAAACACUGGAAACCCUAGCUUCCUUAGCCAUGGAAUCACCUGCUCACUAUCCAUCAGUUUGUAAAAAGGCCUUGAAGAUUGCGUUAUCUCUUCAAAAGAAGCAGCCUGAUAAGGACGUCAUACGAUGCAGCAAGUUGCUGCACAGCCUGAUCCAGAUCUCACUCCCCACGGGAGUAACUGAAAUUGAACCCCGGGUCCUGGAGGAAGUCUGGUCUUACUAUGAGGAAGCACUCAUCAUUAUAGAGAGUUUGCAAGAGGAAUACCCAGAGGUGGAGAUCCUGUGGCUGAUGACUCGAGCUUGGAACACAGGGGCUUCCUUGUACAGUUUGGGGAAAUACACUGAGGCAGAGCAGUGGUGUGGGCUUGGAAUGCGCUUCCUCAAACAUCUGGGAUCUCUCAAGGCCAACUAUGAAAGCCAGGCACAUCUGGGAAAUAGCCGAGGGGAUCCACGAGCCAGGUUCUUGACUCAAGCCCCCAUAGAUUCUUGGAAGAAGAAUCUGAUGACACUCUAA